AUGUCGCGCCGCGUGUUGUUAUCCCAACGGUGUUUACCAAGGCUUCAGCGUCUUCCUCAACUCUUCACUCAGGCAAGCAUCGGUCCAAUGUCAGACACAAUCCGUUUGGCUAAAGAGAUUGAUGAAACCUCGAGGAAACAGUCUCUCCUUUUGGGUCAGCUUUUGGACCGUCUAGACGAGAAGGAAGCCAAUGAACAGAGAUUAUUGGCCAAGAUCAGAGUAUUGGAGUCAAAUCAUUCUUUGUUACUCUCCAAAAUAUCAGAAUGCCCCUCUUGCUCCGGAUUCAACGACCAGAGGUUUUAUAGUUCGCAGACACAGGUCUCCAUGACCCAAGAAUCACAGCUUCAACGCGUUCCAUCAUCCAAAAGGCCCAAAUAUCAACCUAGGUCUCCUCUGAAAGAAAUAACCAAUUUAGAACCAACCCUGAACAUGAAUGUAAAUACUAAUAGCUUCGAUAGCUCCUCUUCCGGCUCAAUUGAGUAUGUCGCAGUGGCAUCUCCAGAAUUGAUCACUUCGGACAUCGAAGAGAUCAUAUCCGAUUCUCAACCGGAUGUCACACACGACGACAUCUUGACGCAUAACACACCUAAAAUUAACCCAUAUAUCACACCAAUAACUGAUUCAAAGAUAAAAAUCGAUCUGAGUACGAACCCAAAGUUUAAUAGGGAAUGGUUUUUGGAAGAUUUCAAACGCAAUCCCGCUUCAAAAUCCAGCCAUACCGACAAUUGCAUGUGUAAUGAUUGCUCCAAGCUUUUCCAACUGGCCCCAGUCUCAAACUUGAAAAAUGGUAUCAAAUGGGACAGCAAUAGCGCCGAAUCUGGAGAAACCCCUUCAAAACGUUCGAUCCCAGCAGGUUUCAAAAGAAGGCAUGGAAAUGGUGGAGAUAACACAAUUUGGGACGACCCUUGCACACCACCAGGAUUCAAUAGAUCAGAGUUCCCCACCACCCAGGAACUCAAAGAGGAUCGUAAAGAAUCCAGUAAACGAGUGAAAAGCAUAGCAUUGUACAGACUGAAGGAAGCGCUUAAAGUCGACGAACAUGGAAAGCAGAUUGGAAAAUUCAUCUUCAAGAACAAUGAGUUCAAUGUCAUAGUAAACAAUGGGAAUUUUCUAACUUGA